GUUAGCUUUCUGCAUUAUCCCGAACACCUUUUCUAUGUCCAGGAUAUGAUUCUCCUUCUUCUGGCUUUUGAUCAAGAUAUCGUCAACAUAAGCCUCCAUUGUGACUACCAACACUUCUUUGAACAUCAUCCCGAUCAUCCUCUGAAAAGUUGCCAUUGCGUUCUUUAAUCCGAAUGGCAUGAAAAUAUAGCAAAACACACCAUCCGAAGUAACGAACGCUGUUUUCUCUGCAUCAUCUGGGUGCAUGAAGAUCUGAUGGUAUCCCCAGAACGCAUCCAUGAAGCUCAACAAUUCACAUCCGGCCGUUUCAUCUACUAACAGAUCGAUCCUCGGCACUGGAUAAGGGUCCAUGAGACAAGCUUUAUUCAGGUCUGAGUAAUCCACGCACAUCCUCCAAGUAGAUUUUUUUGGAGCUAGGACCACAUUGGAUAGCCAUUCGACGUGGAUUACUGGACGGAUGUGUUUUAUUCUCAGCAAGGUGGCCACUUCCUGCUUUGUGAAAUCCCGCCGUUCGGUUGCUUGAUAUCGUUUCUUUUGCUGGACCGGUUUUGCAUCAGGCCGAACGGCAAGCUUGUGACAGAUUAUCUCUGGGUCAAUACCCGACAUAUCUUCCGGCCCUCGGGCGAAUAAUACCUGAAACUUUUUUAGGACAGCAAUCACGCCAUCCAGAAUGUCAGCCUCCAGAUCCACCUCGAUAGCUACCUUUCGGUUCGGGGGGAAAUCCAGGUCAAUUUGCUCGAGGAGAGUAGCAGGUUCUGGAUGUGCCUCGAACUCCGUUCGGUGGGUCUCCACCUCAAUACUGUUAACCCACAUUCCACGGGUGUUCAUCUGCUUCAGGGCCUCUCGGUAGCAUGUUCGGGCUGUCACCGGAUCAGUUCUGGCCACCCCAACCCCGAUGUCCGUGGGGAAUUUGAUGCACGAGUGGCGGACAGAGGCUAUUGCCUCCAGAUCUUCCAAUCCUGGUCGGCCCAAGAUGGCAUUAUGGGCACAUUUUAUGUCCACCACCACGAACGUCAUCCGGAGUGAUGCCUUGUGCGUUUCGUCCCCAAUUUCAACUAACAAUUAGAUGGUCCCCUCAGCCUCAAUACAGUUACCGGUGAAGCUCGCCAGCGGGGUUCUUAGGUGGGUCAAUUGACUUCUGUGUAGGCCCAUUUUCUCGAAUGAUUGUAAAUACAAUACAUUCACACUGCUCCCGGUAUCGAUCAGUACCCGGCGAAUCAAAGCAUUGUCAAUGCACAUGCUCACCACCAAUUCAUCCCUGUGCGGGCUUGGCAAGUUGGGUAAAUCAGCCGGCCCGAACGUGAUCGGGUCCUUCCUUCCUUUCUUCUGGGGGGGGGUGGAGAUGGAUCCUACAUAAAGACUUCGCUCGAACCUUUUCCGUUCGGCGUUCGAAUCCCCUGUUUCCCCGCCCCCAAAUAUAAACUUGACCUUCAUUCGAGGUUUCUUUCCGGGGCCUCCCGAGCCUUCUGGUUCAUCCCUGGGGGGAAUAUAUACGUCAUUCUGGGGCUGGGCAUCACGUUGGGCAUCCCGUCGCCAGCUGUUGGGUUUCCUGAUCGGUUUUAAAGUGCCUACCGCACUCGGGUCCUUACUCACAUACUUGCCAAGAUGACCCCGCCGGAUCAAGUCCUCAAUAGUCGUUUGUAGUGCCCUACAAGCGUUGGUGGCAUGACCUUUCCUGUUAUGAUAUUUACAAAAAGCAGACUCGUCUACUCCCAUAUACUGUGAAGAAUCAGUCGGAAGGGGAAUGUUGUCCUUCUCGUUCUGAUAAAUGGUUGCCACGGACAGGACCAGGCGAGUAAAUCGCCCUUGCUUAGGAGGGAGAGCGGCCACUGGGGUAGGACCCAGCCGAUCGGCCAUCUUGAUUGGGGCAGUAGGCGCAGCGACCUUGUCCCUGAUCAUAAUCUCUUCUUCCAGGGCAGCAUGCUUGCGAGCUCUGUCUAACACCUCGGCAUACGCUGUACCUGGAUUCUUCUUCAAAUCCUUGUAUAAUUCUCCCGUUCAGAGAGCGUUUGUGAAUAGGGUGAUGGCGGUAUCAUCCGUCAUAUUUCCAACUGUAAGAGUUUCGUCCCUCCAUCUUUUUAAGAAUUGAUUGAGGGUUUCCUUGGAGUUCUGCUUCACGCUGGUCAGGUAGCUGAAGUGCCGUUUUGGGUUGGCACUGGAAGCAAAUUGGGCCAAGAAUAACGUCGAUAAUUCGGCAAAACUGUUGAUCGACCCGGGUUGCAGGGUCCCGAACCACUCCUUGGCGGGUCCUCUGAGCGUACUGAAAAACAACAGGCAUAUAGCAGCCUCAGGUGCUCCUAGUAGCAUGAGUCCUCCUUGAUAACUCCUUAAAUGCACAUGGGGAUCUCCCACCCCGUCAUAAAUUUGACCGGCUGAUGGUUUGGCACCUCCCUGGAUAUCCGCAUACAUAAUUUCCUGGUGAAAGGGGAAGUAAUCCCGAGCUGAAUUGGGGCAGGCUGUACGGGCGCCCUAUUCAUCUGAUCUCUCAUCUCGUUCAUCUGCCUCCUCAUUUCAGCCAUUUCUUCCUCCUGGGCCAUCAAAGGGGGCGGUGGUGGAGUCCUCAAAUCUGUAUAUUCCCGAUCGCAAUGCCUUUGAGCGGCCCUAGUAUUGUUCCGUUCGUCAUGCUGGAAAUGACGACCAAUAGGAGUAGGUCCCCUGGCUUGUGACCCGAUCGAGGUCCGGUCACUGGGAAUAUGAUGCGCCGUUGGUGGAGCGCCACAACAAUUAUCCCGAUGGGCCCGCGAGCGGGAUGACGCCGUGGUCGUUUCUGUGUGUGGAGUUUUCCCUGUAAAAUUGGAUCCUCCUUCUUCCUCGUUUGCCAUGUGUUGCAUGACCUGGGCCAUAUUUCGCAUGGCCUGAGGAUUCCUCCUUAGAGCUUCAGGAAUUACAAAGCCCCCAUCAAAAUGAGGAUAUGAUCCUCGGCUGGAUUGUCCCUGAGGGGUUUGAUUUCCCGGGGUGUGACUCCUUCCGUGACGGCGCGAACCAUCGUUUGUGUGAUAAGAACUGAUUCUGACCAUUUUCAAAAAUAGUUGUUUUGGAAUAAUUUGAAUGUGAAACUUUUUGAUCAAGUUUCCCACAGACGGCGCCAAUGUUGAAGGUAAGUCCCGUAGAUCCGAAAGCCCAACACGAACUUUGGAUAUAUCAGGAAUGGACCAGAAUCAAAGUGUAUAACAAAAUAUAAAAGAUGAAUCCACUAAUACCCAAAAGCCCACUUGUAUUAAUUAACCUGUCUGAUUACAAGGAAAACUUCCCGAUCGGUAGGUCGGAACAGUGCUUUAAUACAAGAAAAAAAAGUAAUAAUGUUAUUCUAGAGCUUGAGUAUCGAAAUGCUAACCCUUACAAUGAUUUUAAACCUUCUAUUUAUACUAAUGGAGAGCAUGGGUUGCUCUAUGCUGAUUGGCUGUUGCUCCACCGACUUGAACAUCCAUGCUUCCACUUGCUGAUGUCACAAUCUGACAUUAAUUGCACUUGGCCACUUGCUGAUUGCCCGUUGCUCGAACGGGAUGCUGGACCUUGCGGAUGACGCUGUCAAUUUGGCCCAAGUAUGAUAUAUGGUCCGAACCCCGUUCGGUAUGGAUUCUUUACUGGGCGUGCUCAUCAUAGAGCAAUGGAUCCGUUGUUUGGGCCGGGUAUCCUGGGCCUUUUUUAUCCGGGUAUGGGCCUCUGGAUCAAUAUCCCAACAGGGGUUGUCAACUUAUUCCCUCUAGCACAUAAACCAUCAGGGCCCAAUUUGGGCUCGGUCCAUCAAGAUGCCUAACCAGACGCUCGUCUCCACUAAGCGGACGCUUGGCCCCAGCUCCCUUGAUCCCGUUAGCCAGGUGGUGGCCCAGGGGCUACAGCGAGGACGAUGAGCAUGGACCGCUCGGAGUCGGCACCCUUGUGCUGGUACGCACCCAGAGCUCAACAGCGAGUGGAUGAACGUCCAGGCCUCUUGGCGGGAAACCAAGAUAUUGGCGGGUAGCGCAUUUAAUGCAGUGGAUUUGGUGGUUGAGAAGCUAGCCACUCAAUCAUCCACAUCAUCAGUGUCACCUACCUCUUGGUAGUAUAAAUAGUACUCCCUCCGUCCCACUAACAACGGGACAAGAGGGAGUGGCACACAAAUUAAUAAAAAGUGGUUUAUGUGGUUGAUCAUGAAUUGAUAAAGUAAGAAUAAAGUAAGAAUGAUUUAGAGCCACACAAACUUUGCCAAAUUUGGUAUGGGACAAUCUUAGUGGAACGGACCGAUAAGGUAAAAUGGGACAAUCAUAGCGGGACGGAGGUAGUAGCUUUGAUUUCAUUGUAAGGGGUUGUCAACUUAUUCACUCUAGCAAUAGCAAUUGUCUCUAGCUCUUGUUACUGAGAUAGACAAACGGCCUCUCGGCUCGUAAUUGAAGUGUGUUGUAUACAGACCCUUAUUAUCAUUUAAUAAGAUAUGGCUAACUUACUACUCUUGUUAUUGACCCAUCUUACUUGUUUGCAUCAUACAUCCAUACAACCCUCCACUCGAAAUUCAUAGGAACGUGUUGGGCCUUUGAGUUGAAAGAGUUGAUUUUACUACACUUGUUAGAUUGAAGUAUUAAACUAGUUGCAAUUUUAGAUAAUUUACUACACUUGAUAGAUUAAAAUAUAAAAGUAGUUGGAAUUUUAGUUAAUUAAACUGAUGGAUAAGUGUACCCGGGGGGUAUCUAUCCGAGGGGUUACUGCGGGAGUCACUUAGAGAGAAGUCAGAGCAAAAGUAGAGAGAGAGUGUAUAUUGAUAUUGAGCGUGGUUUACAAAUGGGGAAAGGGGUGCUAUUUAUAGCAUCAAUAAAUGCUAGAUAAGGACACGUGUCAUCAUUCUGGUGGUCGAGGGGUCACCUCAACGGGAUGGCACUGACACUCGCAUGUGGCCGCAUUAAAUGCGGUGGUUGGAUGUGACAUUUGUACUCGGUACGUUGAUCCAGCGCAUGUGGGUGGGAGAUUCUGUCGAGGAGAUGUCUUCGGCCGUAGAUGAUUAGCCGAAGGCUCUUCACCCCGGGGGCCUCUAGGUGCCGAGGGCUCUAGGUGCCGAGGGCUACUGUUUUCGCAGUUUUCUCCCAGCAGCUUCGUAAGCCUAAAACAGUUGUUCUGUGAGAUUUUGGGGCCUUCGUCCAGGGGACCGAAGGCGGCUGCGGGGGCAACGUGGGCCUCCUGUCUCUUGGGGCGCAGUGACUUGGGCCUGCUGUGCUUCUUGGGCCUGUUGGGCCUGUAUUAGAAUAGGGGAAAGUUCCAGUUCGAUCGAAUCCAAGUUCCUGAGGUCAGUUCUUCUUCCGCUUUUCACACUCCUCGCACAAUUUGCUUAGCCAGCCUUAGAUCUAGUGUUUAAGGGCCUUAGAUCUUAGAAACUUUUCCCCCGUAAACCCUUCUCCAUAACAUGUCUUCCGAGAGCGAUUCCCAAAAUAUCUUGAGGGAGCCCUCGGUUGAAACAGAAAGCGUCUCCGAGGUGGAGUCUUCAAACGAACAGCCUUCGGUGGGUGAUGAUUCUGCCGUCGCCAUGGAGAUACAGAAGAAGCUCGUCGCUGAGGCCGAGUCCGAGGAUUUUGAACAAGUAAAUGAUGAUGAGGAGCUGGCCCUCGCCGUUCAAACCGCCGAGGAAGAAGAGGAGAAAGAGAGGCAGAAGGUAACCGUCGCCCUCCUCCCUGCACGCGCCGCUGGUGAAGCCAACACCUCUCGGCCUUUAGACCUGACGCCUAUGAGCGUAGCUCCCGGGAAGAAAAACAAGAAGAAGAUGGGGCCCCAAGAAGAAAGGGGGUGCUGUUGACCAGGGCAAACCUGUGGGGAUCCCCGAAGGGUAUUCAUGGCUGAACACAGCUUCUCUGGCGAUCAACUCUAGAGCUGACCCGGCCGAGUGCUAUGUCAAAUAGCUACACGUAGGGCCUUCGGUGACGGUGGUACAACCGGGGCCUGAUGAUGUGUUGUCCCAGGCGCCUGAGGGAUGCAUUGCCGUACAUAUUCUCUCUGUCUCAAUGGGCCUCCGGUUCCCAUUGCAUCCCUUCCUUCUGGAAUACCUCAGGUAUGUUGGUCUAGCCCCCUGCCAACUUACCCUGAAUAGUCAUUCCUACAUUGUUGGGUUUCUGAAUCUCUGCAAGUCCCGGGGGCCACUCCCAGCCUGGAGUUAUUUUUUCAAAGCUUCAAUCUCUGCCGAGGGGGCCAUGCGAACUCUGAGGGGUUCGCGAACCUGCAACAACUCGCCCCGUGGAGGCUCUUCGAUGACGUGCCCUCGUCUCACAAGGGCUGGAGGGAUCGCUUCUGCUACAUCAGGAUGGCGGAGAGUCCAUUCCCGAGGGAGUUGAGGAACUACUUCCGGAGGCACGUUAAGACGGAGGGUUGUGCUGCUCUCAAGAAGUGGGGGAAGAAGAUAUCAGCUAUCCCGGAGGGGUGGGAUAAGCAUGUGCUGUUGAAGGAGAUGACCCUUGAGGAUGAUCUUUAUCUCCUCGGCUUCCGGCGCUAUCGCUUCUUGGGGGAAACAUAUGAGAAGUACCCCAUUCUAGAGCGAGCCUUCGAGAGUACAAAAGGUGACAUCAUGGACCCGAGGGCAUUUGCUAAGCUAUGCAAACAGUUGGUGAAGGAGGAGAAGAGGAAAAAGGAGGGGCCUUCGACCCAGAAGCCUAUAGACUCCUUUUUCAAGAAGAACCAAGUGGAGGAGGAUCCUUCCAAGAAGAUUGAUGCCAGUGCUGAAGAGGUCGGAGGCUCCAAAGCUGAGGAGCUUAAAAGAAAGAACGCCGGGAAGGGCAUCAAGCCUCCUGAAAAGAAGAAGCUGAAGGGGGCCAUUAACCAAAAAGAAGCCCUCGUCGUCAUUAUGGAGGAGCAUUCUUCCUCUGAGGCCCCGGUCCAGGGGGCCGCGGUGUCCUGGCCCCUGGAGAAUGUGAAUUUUUCCGUGAAGAAGGGGAGUGCCAUUAUGCAUGGCACGCUAGACCCGAGGGAAUUCCUGAGGGGCGCCACUCCGCCGACGGAUAAGUUAGUGCUUUCUCGGCAUAAGGAAGAUACCCUCGGCUCAAAGGUCCUCCAAGCUUCUGUCACAGCUUGCAUUGGCCUCACUGAGCUUCUCCAUAGGAUGGAAUGAUCGAAUCAUCAGAGGGCGCAAUCCGUGGAGGCCCAGAAGAAGUUGGAGGAGGAUAAUGCAAGCCUUCGGCAGAGGCUGCUUGAUGCCGAGAGCGCCCUCCGGAUUGAAAAGGAGUCCGUUCAGAAGAAGGUGGACGACGCUCGAGCCUUGGGGAAGGGUGAGGGUCUGAAGGCUGUUGCUGCCACCAUUCAAGCUGAGGCUCAUGAGGCUACGAAAGCUAAAGUUGACGCUUUAGGUUAUCUCACCCAGAGGAAACAACAUUCAGGCCUUAUCUCAAGAGGGCCAUCCGGUUUCACAACAAAUAUAACAGAUCGAUUUCGGCUUCAUGUGGGAUCCCCUAAAAAAAUUUCAAUUGUUGAUGUAACAUUUCCUGUUACUUUCAUUUGUAUUUUCUUCAUGUUUCACCAAAUGUAUGCUCAAAGCUUUUGUACUCAAAACUUUAUUUUAAUAAAUUAGAGAGGUGUUCCUCGGCACCCCCCACCUAGUGUGGCCUUAACCGGGUAAAAAACAAAAGCUAAAGCUGACGCCGUUGCCAAGGCCGAGAGAGAUGCAGUGGCCGCCUUCCUUACUGAGGGUUGGAGAGCCAAAGGGCACAAAGAGUGGGUGGCCUCGGUGGUUGAGCAGUCUGUCGAUCCAUGGGUUGCAGGCCCCGAUGCGAUGUGGCUUGCCCGAAAGGGUAAGAGUUUUUAUGAGGGUGGUGAGUAUUUCACCCAAGCUAAUAUCUACCGGAAGGUGGCCCGGCAUUUUGGCGCGGACCUGAAAGACUUCCAGCCUGGCACCUACGGUCUCCCUCCCAUCCAGCAGGAUGUUAGGUCUCCUCUUCCCGAGGGCUAAGAGAGGGUGCUGCUCGAAGACUCUGAGUUGGCCAGAUGUGACGAUGAUGAGGAUGAAGAUGUCGAGGGUGAUGCUUCCUCCAAGCCGAAGGGAGAUGCAGCCAAAGAAGCACAAUCUUAGAAUUCCUUCCAAGUAUAAACAUUUGUGACAGUUUAUAGGUUUCGGCUUCGGGCCGUUUGUACCAAACACUUAACAUUAUUCUUUUUCUUUUUUAUGGAUGACGCCUUCGGGCUUUUGAGAUGUAUGAAUCUACUUUUCUCCUCUUUUUUUGGUGAAUGAUCGUCUGCCUCCGGGUCGUUUAACUUUAUUCCCUUCUAUUCUUCUGUUGAAUGAAUGUAUUGUCUGAUACCUUCGACUUCUUUCAUGACUUUUCAUAGUUGUCUGUACGUAUGUCUGCAUUAUGAUUUGAUCGAG